AUGCAGGCACAGGAUGUACCGUUCAGCGCGCCUACCAUUUGUGAAUGCGGCUCGGCGUGCGUCUGCCCAGGAUGCAUGGACGCCCGGGGCCAGGAUUCGAUUGUAACCCCUCUAAAUCCGCAUUCUUGCUUGAAUUGCCUAGGUUGUCCCCUGCACUCGUUUGACUUGGCUCAGCCCUCUCGCUUCGACUAUUCGGCUCUGCAGCCAGGGACAAGCGACUGGUCUUCUCAGAGUUCCGCCGCCGUCAAUGUGUCUGCCUCCAAUCCUUUCCCCCCGUUCCUUCCGGCGUCCAUCCAGGAUCUCCGCCGCCACGCUCCUUUGACACCUUCUCAGCCGACUCUCUUUCCUCCUCAAUACAGCCAGAACGCGUUUCAGACGGACACCAUCUGGAAUGUUUCUCCCGCUCAAUAUGAGCCUCGCGGUGCUACCUCUGCAUGCUGCGGUGGUCAAUGCAAGUGCGCGACGGGUUCUUGCGUAUGCGACGCAGACUGCGACGGCUUUUGUCAUUUGUAUCAGACUCAGGCGCGUGAGUGAGACUGCUUGCUUUUACGAUAGUGUGUUUGUGGUACGAUUUUCCCACAAGAGAAACACCGUGCAUCAUUUGAUGAUGUAUUAUUAGAAUCAUUGGUAUUCAUAGAACUGUAAUCUGUGUGAUACAAGCGUUUCGUGCCUGUAUAGCGGGUCGUAUGAAGAGGUUCAAGU